GGUCUCGGGCCCCGAGGCGGAGCGGCGGGCGCCGGACCCCCCGGCGGAGCGACAGGUCUCGGGCCCCCAGGCGGAGCGGCAGGCGCCGGACCCCCAGGCGGAGCGACAGGCACGACAGUGGGCUCCGAGUCAACUGGCAUGACCGCUGGCACUGGGUCAGACAUUGGAUCGUCUGGCUGGACAGCGGGCAUCGGGUCACCAGGCAUCAGGUCAUUUGGCUCGACAGCGGGCACCGCGUCAUCUGGCAAGGCAGUGGGCACCAAGUCACCAGGCACGACAGUGGGCUCUGAGUCAAUUGGCAUGACAGCGGGCACCGGGUCAUCAAAUACCGGAUCGUCUGGCUCGACAGCAGGCACCGGGUCAUCUGGCGCUGGAUUGUCUGGC